AUGCAGUCUUCAUAUCGCAGCAUUCGACCAUGUUUAACAUCAAACGUCAAAACACUUACAAGACUUCAAAGUCGAUCAUUGGCAACGGCCGCACAACAGUCCUUCUUUGCUGAUGAACCUACAGCACCACAUCUCGUCUCACAAAGUAUUCCUGGACCUUCUUCCUCUCAAAUUAGUCAAGUAAUCGCAUCAUUUCAAGAAGAACGUGCACAUCAAUUCGUCGUAGAUUAUGAAAAGAGUGUUGGUAAUUGGAUCGUAGAUGUGGACGGAAAUACAAUGUUGGAUAUGUUUGCUCAAAUUGCAUCAAUCGCAAUCGGUUACAAUCAUCCAAGAUUGUUAGAGCUAGCAAGAUCGGAUGAAUUCAUCAAAGCAACGAUGAAUAGACCUGCUCUCGGUAGCUUUCCUCCUGCAAAAUGGGCCGAAUGGAUCGAAACUGGAUUAUUGGCAAACGAUGUUCGUCCAAAAGGUUUAGAUCAUCUGUUCACAGCAAUGUGUGGAAGUUGUGCCAACGAGACAGCUUUCAAGGCUGUUUUCAUGGCUUAUCGUGCUCGUGAACGUGGUGAAGGUGUAAGUUUCACACCGGAAGAAUUGGACAGUUGCAUGCGUAAUCAAAAGCCAGGUGCUCCAGAUUUGAGUAUCCUCAGUUUCACAAAAGCAUUCCACGGUCGCUUGUUUGGAUCACUCAGUGCGACACGCAGUAAAGCUGUUCACAAAAUUGAUAUUCCUGCUUUCGAUUGGCCGGUUUGCCCUUGGCCAGCUGUGAAAUAUCCUUUGGACAAAUUUGCAGCUGAAAAUGCAAAAGCCGAACAAGAUGCUUUGAAUAUAGUUGAGCAAACGAUUAUCAAACAACGUGAGAUAAAGCCUGUCGCGGGAUUGAUCGUUGAACCAAUUGCUUCUGAAGGUGGUGAUCAACAUGCUUCACCUGCUUUCUUCCAAGGUCUUCGCGAACUUACACAACGAUUGGGCGUAUUUAUGAUCGUGGACGAGGUGCAGACUGCAAUGGCAACUGGUUCUCUUUGGGCCCAUUCAAAGUGGAAUCUACCUACGCCACCAGAUGCAGUCACAUUCAGCAAAAAGCUACAAGCAGCUGGAUUCUAUCAUAAUCUUGACUUGAAAGCAUCCUUGCCUUAUCGUAAUUUCAACACAUGGCUAGGUGACCCAACUCGUGCUUUACAAGCAAGAGAGAUCCUUCGUGUGGUGCGAGAAGAUAAUCUAUUGGACAAUACAGCAAAAGUUGGAGCAUACAUUUAUGAGAAUUUGGAGAACUUCACUCAAUCAAACGGCAAAGGAAAGAUGUUCAACUUACGUGGAAAAGAUCAAGGAACAUUUAUUGCUUGGGAUGCAGAAACACCUGAAAAGCGUGAUGAAGUGAUCAAGAAAAUGCGAUCAAAAGGUGUUCAUCUUGGAGGAUGUGGAGAACAAGCGAUUCGAUUACGACCGAUGUUAGUCUUCCAAAAACAUCAUGCAGAUAUCUUUUUGGAGAAUUUAAGCAAUGUCUUGAAGGAAAUUUAACGAAGCUCACGAUGUAUUUUUUUUUGGCAGAUGAGAAUGUAUAUAUGAAACAUGUGAAACGUCUUUCGUCUAAAGAGCCCAUAAGCUGUACAGCAGAAAUAAUACGAGAGAUAGAAGAAAAAACAACCGGUGGGAUCAGGCCCAAACGGGGUCAACAAUUUCGGGACCACGACCAACAGUAUGUACUCGGAAGCCGAUCUUGCGUAACGUCUUGGCAUCCACCACAUUUCUUCCAUCGAACAAGAAUGCCGGUUUCUUCAUGGAAGCAUGAAUAGCUUCCCAAUCUAGAGUCUUGAAUUCGUCCCAUUCAGUUGCAAUGACGACUGCUUCUGCACCUGCACAUGCUUC